UUGAUCGUCGUCCGGAAAGCAUUUGGCAACGUAUUCCCGUGUGACGGGCCGCCCGCCAGCUCUGCGACGGCGACCUCAGUAUCGCGCAGGAGUUCGUGAGAGUAGCGCGUGCGAGCGUCUCGGACAGCGCUCUCUUCAACACUCCGCGCUUCCUGUAUCUCGCACAAACUUACAAAGAGUCACGAGCCAACCAGAGCUACGUGUCUGUGCUUACACUGAAUCAAAAACUUACCUUGGUGCAUACCACAUCUAACCAGCAUUAUUAUAACGUGCAUAAGACCAUUGGCCACGCCGCUCAGAGACUACAUAAAAAAGUUAUACGUAUCGAUGGACGGCUACUUGUAAGGGAGAAAACGAAGUUAACGGAACCUUACCGUGUAGCCAUCCUACAGGUGAGGCCGGAGGCGCGGUGAAUGGGAGUCGUGAAAUAUAGUCGAGCGGCGCCUUGACCAACACGACUUCCGGUGGCAGGCAGUGGCAACGGAAGUCUGGCUGAAAAAAAAAGACUGUUUAGUGCCAGUCGACCUGACGCUGUGCCGCCCACCGUCCACAGCAGGUCGUGCACCACCAAGGCCUGAGGUUUCCUCCUUCACCUGCACCAGUGCUACGGGGACGUGAUUAAGGGACAAUAAAUGUACAUGCGUGUGAAUGCAUCAUAACAAGAAAAGUAUUUAUGCAUGCAUUAGUGAGUGAACGAAAGGAGAGUUUGAGUUCUGGAUAAAUAAAUCCAGCGUGUCGUGAGCAGUGUUGUUGUCGAAACAUAACACACAUAAGAAAUACGCGAGUCAGCACAGUGGAGGCUGCGUGUGAGCGUUACUAGGCCUCCAGCAGUGGUGCCGUCUGUAAAAGUGACUCGAAAGUGGCUGACUUGUUUCUCGUGAAAACUGACAACUAUUAUUCCUUCAGAGGUGAGACAACAACCCCAUUCUCUCCCGCCCUUCCUUUCUACCACACACGAGACUCCCCUUCUUUCCUUCUCUCACUCGUGCCAUAAAGUCUGGAUGCCUGGAAAGUGGAGACACUAUUCUUGUCAGAUAGAUACAAGGCUAAAGUGAAGAGAUAAAGAUUGAGUUGUUACUUGUAGAGUGAGGGAGUCUCUCGUUGGCCGGCACCUGUGUGAGCCAGCUGACACAUGUGAGCUUGUGACUGAGAGCUCUGCUGGCUGCCAUGCUGGGUUUUCGCCUUACCUGACGUAGUGAGACCGUGAUGGCGUCUUGGUGGGGAAAAGUUGGGGUUGUGGUGCUGCUCACAGCAGCCCUUGUAAUGGUGGAGUCCUCCGGCAAUUGCCCUCGUCAUUGUGUAUGCCGGUGGAAAAAUGGCAAAGAAACAGUCGAGUGCAGGAACCAACAGCUGGCAAGUGUGCCCUCUAUAUUUGAUACAGUCACACAAGUUUUGGAUCUAACUGGCAAUAAUCUUCAGACUUUGCCUAAAUAUGUAUUCAAAAGAGCAGGACUGAUUAACCUCCAAAAAAUAUACCUGGGUAACUGCAAUAUUGGCACUAUUGAUAACACAGCUUUUGCACAGCUCACUAACUUAGUGGAGCUCGACCUGAGUGACAAUCUGCUGACAGAGGUUCCUGCUCAGGCCUUCUCUCAUGUCCCUGCUCUGAGGGACCUGCAGCUUCGGGGGAACAGUAUACAGAAGAUUCGUAGUAGCAGCUUCGACCACACUCCCUCCCUGGUACGUCUUGACCUCAGUUUCUCGGGUAUCAAAAGUGUGUCGCCCCGGGCCUUCAGUAAUCUUUCCCUUCUGGAAAAGAUUAAACUUCAAGGCAAUCAACUCACAGAGCUUCCUGUGGCCGUUGUGAAAACCCUGGAGCGUGUUCAUGAGCUGGAUGUUCACGAAAAUAAUUGGAUAUGUGACUGUCGAGCCCUGCCACUCUGGCGGCUGCUGGAGGUAAACAACGUCCCACACCCGGUGUCUCCGUCCUGCAACAGUCCGGAGCGAAUCAGAGAGCGAGCUUUCCACAACCUGAAGGAAGAAGAUUUCGCAUGUCCUCCCCACAUCCGGCCUAAUGAUCGCAUCGUGCAGGGGUUUGCGGGGGAGAAUGCCACCAUUGCUUGUCCCGUGGACGGCCAGCCCCCUCCUCAGGUGAAGUGGUUCAAGGGAGAGGCCCCUGUGGUGAAUGGAUCCGUGAUAGGGCUGGGUCCUCAACGUUUCUACGUGAUUACAGAGGGCAACAGUAACGUGGUGAGUCGUCUGGUCAUCACGGGAGCGCAGGAGACAGACUCUGGCCCGCUGCGGUGUGUGGCGAUCAACUCUGCUGGGUCAGCGACUGCCAACUUCACUCUGGCAGUCACGAUGCGGGCGGCGACGCAGGCAAAGCUGGGUUCAGGGCACAUCGCCGGGAUAUCGGUGGGCCUGGUGGUGCUUGCCCUUAUCGCCCUGGUGGUGGGGUUUCUGAUUCUGGCUCGCUCUCGCACCCAUUCUUCCCCAACUCCCGUCAAGGACUCUCCCACCACACCCUCCUCAGCUGAACCCUCUCCAAGUGAACCUAAUCCCGUGCAGAAACCUCCACGCCUCACAGACGUCAACGGGUCUCCUGCCACUUACAAAUCCUCAGCCUUGGGUAAUCCUGACGUGAUUAACGAGGCCGAGCGAGCCGUGAGGGCAGUGAACGGCCAUCUUCCAAAUGGAUCUGUUGUCCAGCAGGUGAGCGAGGGAGGAGAUUAUACUCGUGUGGAAGGAGACUCUUUGUAUCCUAGUGGACUGUGGCCCGAGGAAGCUGGUUCUCCCGAGGGCGCUGACAAUCCAGCUCCUUCAAGGGUUAUUCAUGAACAUUUCAACCCCGGAUACAUGCCCAACGACCCGGCUUAUGAUACCUACGGACCACUGCACUCCACUCCCUAUCGACCUGGCUACGGUUCUCAUGGUGAUGUUGAUCCUCAAAUUUAUGGCUACCCAGCAGACUACGGGCUUCCUAUUCCCGAGGCAGGACACGAUCCUCGGGCAACAGAAUGGGACAUGAAUGACCUUCGUGGGCCACAGGAGGGCAUUGAGUCCCAGGCAGACACUUACAACUCCAGACAACAGCUGUAUGAAUCGCAACAGGAAAUAUAUAACUCAGGACAGAACCCAAAAGACUCUGGCCAGGACCUGUACGGAGUGACGACGGGCCGGCCACCUGUCUACGGUUACAGACAAGAGGUGUUUGGUUCCCGGGAGAACGUGGCCGAGGGUGCCGAGAGUCCGCAAUCUCCCACUCAGCCUCUCGGGGAGCGGCCGUGGGUGCCGGGGUCACAGGCGCCGGCCCACGCUCGCGGGGGAGUGCCUGUCCUCCCACCUCUACCAAAUGGUGUGGCCAGUCGCAUCAAAGCUCGUGACUCUCCCGACGAAGGAUACCAGGAGGGGACGGAAGUGUAGCGGGAUUGCAGGGCCCGUCAGAGCGGCGGUCCCUGCUUAACCCCGCCCAAGCCCCCACGCCUCUCUAGCUCGUCUGCCCCUGUCUCCUCCCGCCUGUCUUCUCCCCACAACUCUCAGCCCUCACCUCAGAGUCCUCAUAGUGACCAACGCCGUGACCUGAUCCGUGACGAGGAGUGCAGUCACUCUGGCACUGAGGGUUGAGGCACAACUCGAGUGACCUGAGUGCCAGUCAUGGAGUCGCCCAGGACAGCGGCAGCGUGACGCGCGCCAAAGGGAAGAAAGAGACUUAUGUUGCUCCGUGUCGCAUCGAGGUGGGACAGAUAUUACUGUCUCCAAACGGCGGCCCGCAGGGAGCCACCAGGCGUCUGAGUGUAAGUUGGAGAAACUAUUUGGCGAAGGAGCAGUGGUGGUGAUGUACAGAGCCGAGCCACGAUGUAUAUAUAGUGUAUACAAGGUACUAUUUAGUAAUUGUUAAACUGAAAAAAAAGAGUGACCCGAAACCAAAGGUUAAAUCUGCUGCGUCCCUCUGAGUCUCAGGUGGUCGAGGCCCACAGGUCACCAGGUCGUGUGUGUGUGUGUGUGUGUGUGUGUGUGUGUGUGUGUGUGUGUGUGUGUGUGUGUGUGUGUGCGCGCAGCUGCUUAGCCUCGCCCUGGGCAGCUGCCGACACCAGCUGACACUAAACUUCAACAAAUAAUGUAUCUAUCGUGCGUAAAAUGACGUUGUACUUGGUGUUGAUCGUUUUUCGAUGCUAUAAAUAUAUCUAUCUCGAGAAGCAGUUCAGAGGAUGACCCUUGGGGCGACGGGCGGCGUCUCCCACACCGCCAAUAACAUGUUACUUUAAUAAUUAAGACCAAUAACAAUACUCGCUUUAUUAUUUUUUUUUAAAGUCCCCACUGAACACAAACUUUUUUUUACAUCCUUAAAGUCGGCGUGAGGCCCAGAAGGCUCCCUCCCCCUCCCCCACGAGACCCUGACCCUGCCGACCGCCCAUGGUGGGAGGGGGACGCAGUCGCCUCCAGAGACUCAGCCGAGGACAUAUACGAGUUUACGUGGAGUAUUUUCGUGUGUAGUAAAGUUAAUGUCAUGGCGGAGCCGCCUGUCAGGCCGUGGACGGGUACUCGGGGACGACUGACUCGCACACCCCGCCAGCCCGCCCCGACGACCCACCCGGAACUGCUGGCCAGCUCGGGGGCGUGAGGUGCUGGCUGAGGAACCCCAGCUUGGACUGUGUCAGUGGCAUCACAACAUCAUGUGUCUAGCCUAACUUGUGAUAACAGAGGGCGUAAAGGCUAAGGUAAUGGCUUGUCUGUCUAAUAAGACGCCACUACUUUAAUCUUUAAUUCAUCUUACCUGGUGACACAGGGAUGCGGAUGUAACCUUUGUCUCUCAGCCCAAUUUUCUUAUUUAACGUCACUGUAACUAAUAAUGCAUGUGUUGGUCAUAUACUAAGUAAUACUUCUGGCCAUUCUUCUCGCAGGACAACAUAAAUGAUGUUUUUAAUCACCUUUACUUUUGUUUGAUUGAGUUCUAAUACGGGGAUGCUACUGACACACAACCACCUUUGUGCUGGCGACUUGUGUAACAGCCAAGCCUGCCUCUCCGAGCAUCACUCAGUCAGCAGAUACUCACCUGGCCGGUCGGGUCUUCGUGGGCGAGACUGGCGUAACACGACGUGCCAAAUACACCACCAUGAGUCCCCGGUGGCUCGCAGUCCGACAUGUGGGCUUACGCAUUCACUAGACCCAAAGUUAUGUAGAGCUUUAACAGCCCAGCCACAGGUUAUCCAGUUCACUCAGAUGAGAAGGAAGAGGUAAAGAGACCCACCUUGUGAUUAGCUCACAGUCCGAGCGGCUGCUGCCGCCGAGUAAUUGCCUGUUUUCCUUCCCGCCAGUCUGACACGGACGCAUGACCAUUUGUUUGUUUCUCCCUCAGAUUGCCUCCUGCUCGCCCUCAUAACUACCUGAAAUCAAAAUGAGAAACACAGUAAAUUGCUGCAUAAUGAAGCUACUAUAUUGUUACACUUUAUUUGGAUAGCGCUGACAGCUGCUGCUUCAUGAAAUGUCCAUAAUCACGAGGGGAAAAAUCAUAAAACUUAGUGAAGGAGCGCUUUACUUGUUCGUAAUAAGCUUUGCUAUGAACAUGAAUACCUGGAGAGGCUUGAUUGGUGGUGGUGCAGAAAGGGAGGGGUUCUUGGGGUAAAAAAAAAGUAACUCCACGACGACUCUGCUCUUCGAUAUAUCAAACAAGGAAACUAAUAUUAGAGCCGUGCACUUAUUAAUGAUAAUAAUAAAAAAAAUGCUCCCUGCAGUUUCACCUUCAGUAACUGCUUUUGCUUCUCAGUGACGCCGCUAGCAGACUUGUACGGGCUCUUUAACAUGCACCCUUUGACGAGAUUCCCUUAGAACCCGCCAACGCGAUGCAACGAAAGUCAAUACCUCAGAAAGUUUCGAGUCACCACCACCACCACCACCACCACCAACACGGCAAUGAUGACUCUCAGAAGGAAUCAUACUGCCAAGGUCAUCGCGGCGAGUCCCCUCUACACUGAAAAUGACUGUAAUUUGCUCGAGUGAGGUGUCAUGAAUGCUCCUUCAGCCAGAUGUUGAAGCCUUGAUGGUCUUUUAUUGGAGGGCUGGCGCUGGAAGUGAUGGUGGUGGUGGUGGCGGUGGUAGUAAUGUGUGUGUGUGUGUGUGUGUGUGUGUGUGUGUGUGUGUGUGUGUGUGUGUGUGUGUGCGUGUGUGAGUGAGUGUGUGCGCCAGAGGACAAAGCAAUUCAUUAAUCAUACACAAACACACACACACACAAACACACACACAACUCAUCAAACACCCGAGGGAGAAUCCUGUUAACUUCUACCUGCGUGAUAUCUAAAUGAAGAAAGAAAUAUGUAUCGCCUUAAUGACUUACAACUUUAGAAUAGACCAUGGGCUUCCUCACGCUAUGCUGGGAGGAGGACGAGAAGGAGGAGGAGGAUUGGUACACAUAAUCUGAUAUCUACCUUGACCUAAGUGUAAGAGUUAUAUUCCCAGAUUUUCAGGUAGUGUCUGAAUAUAUAAUUGAGAUGAAAGAGAGGAGAUAGAGUGGGGGGAGGAGGAGGAGGAGGAGGAGGAGGAGGAGGAGGAGGAUAUGUAAAUGAAGGUGGACAAAGAAAAGGAAGGAAAAAGCGAGUGUGGUGGAGAGAAUGUGUUUAUUAAGAUGAAUAGUAAUAAGAUUAGAGAGAGAGAGAGAGAGAGAGAGAGAGAGAGAGAGAGAGAGAGAGAGAGAGAGAGAGAGAGAGAGAGAGAGAGAGAGAGAGAGAGAGAGAGAC